GAUCUCUUCUGGCUUUGGCGAUGCGUUCGAGGAGAUAGUACGGUAGUUCAAGUACCUAAGUACGUGCCCAUUUUCAUCAGCUACUGAACCGAAUAACAAAAUUGACCAAUUACCCCAGCCUCUGAUCGCAUUCUGUUGCUGGUAACGACCCUGCGACUAAAAAUCUACCUCUGUACUCGUAUCAACUUACGGAAACCUCCCCAUCUCCUAGCAAGAUGUCUUUUCUAGCUCGUCGCCUCGCUACCAACGCGACCCCUCGUCUCACGACCCGCGCAUUCAGCGCCUCGGCGCGCCGUGAUAUCGCCAAGAUUACUCUCGUCGGCAAUCUAGCCGCAACACCCGAGAUCAAGGCUACGAGCACGGGCAAGGAGAUUAUCGAGUACGCCGUCGCGAGCAACGAUGGACCCCGCGAGAACAGACACACUUCGUGGUUCCGUGUUGCGACCUUUGCUGAGGAAGGGCCGCGCAGAGACUAUUUGACUAGCUUGCCUAAAGGCUCAACCGUAUUCGUUGAAGGUGAGGCCGUCAUGAACACGUACACCGACGCCGAGGGCAAGACAAGAUCAUCCCUGAGCAUCUACCAGAAGAACCUAGAGGUUCUCCGCCGUGGUUCUCCCUCCGAGUAAAGGCCCCGAUUCUGUAGGAUACUAGCGGCUUGUAAGGCAGCUACCACUUUAAUGCCGAUGGUCGAAGCGAGGAGAGAAUGAACGGAUCACGAUGGACAUGGAUCACUACAUAGACUUUUUACCGCACUCCACUCGAUCAUAAUUUCUUCUGUACUCUAUGUUCCAUGAUCUUGGCGGAAGGCAAAUAUGCCAUCUGAUUUCUCUUCCUUUCUAUGGCUCUGUUAGAGAAGAAAUAGGGGCUAGUGGGCUUUGCUGUAUAAUACUGAACGGGUGUGUAUAUACCCCACAGAUUCGAUAGCACGAGACCAAUACAGGAUGUCUCAAUUGGCAAUGGAUCUAU